UGUCGUUAUGUGUUCAGGUACGCUCCUGAAUCUAUAAACUAUGGCAGAUUCUCUCAUGAGAGUGAUGUAUGGAGUUACGGUGUCACAUUGUGGGAAAUGUUUUCAUUUGGAGAGCAACCAUAUGGAGAAAUGUCUGGCGCACAGGUAAAUAUAAUCAAAAUUACAAACUUAGGUCAGUUUUGCUAAAGCACAUAUUUCUUUUGCAUCAUAUUGAAACAAGACGCGUUGAGGCGUUCAUUCCGGCAGCGACGGACAGCAAGGUAUACACCCUGAAGCUUGGUGUAUAAUUUGAGGGUGGGGCUCAAGAUAUUAUGUUCCCUGUGAAAACCAUUAGGGCAGUUAUACAAGUAACAACCUGAUCUACGUGAUAUAACAGCACAAAUCCGUUUAGUCCCUCUAAAAACAAAACAAUGAUCCUCUUCCACUGAGUCACUCUUCCAGUUUCCAAUUUUUUUACCCUGAAUCAUACCUGGAAAAAAAUGGGAUCUCCGGAUCCUGAGGAACAUUUGCCUUAGCAACAAGAUUGAGGAACAUUUUGAAUUUUUCACGCGUACUGUAAGGGAGAAUUUUAAGGAAUCAUAUUUAGUUAUCUGCCAUUUGAGUCUAUUUUGAGAUUGCGAAGUGUUCUUCAUAUCCUGUUAAUAGAAUUUGAAGAUUGUUUUGUUUCCUGAGCAAUUUUACAACCAAUAUAAUUGAGGAACAUUUGAAAAAGACAAAUUCAGGAUCCGAAGAACAUUGAACACUUUUUCCAGGUCUGCCCUGAAUUCUCUGGUAUUAUACUUAAAUGCUGUAACAAAUUAUGACAGCAUUUUGCUUAAGUUGCCUGGUCCCAUGUUUAGGUAAUGGAAAUGGUGGAAACCCAAGGAAAGAGAUUGGAAAAACCAGACAAAUGUCCAGAACAUACGUAUCAACUUAUGUUAAGAUGUUGGGAUUUACAGUCUGAGAAACGUCCUACGUUUGCAGAACUGCAUCAAAUCUUUAAAACAAAUCCGCUCUAUUCAGAUGUAGAAAUAAACGCGUGAUAGUGUACACAAGAACUAACAACUUUAAUCUGGAUUGUAGGGACGAGAACUACAAUCCUGGACAAAACUGUUAAUAAUAAGUGGCCGAUUACAUAGCAUCUUCAGCCCAGCCUUGUUUCUUAUAAAUUUCUAUAAAAUCCUUUAAUUUCGGCCUAAUUACAUCUCGGUUAACCCGAUUGAAAUUCAGCCUGGGCUGGUCUGAAAAGCCUUCAUGUAAUCGGAAUAUAAAAUUGUUCAAAAUAGGGGGAACACGUUUUCUGCGCCAUUUAAUUGCAAUUCUUUUCCUCGUACUCCAGACUCCUAACAUUGUUUAGAGUUAAGAGGAAUAUUUAAUUAAGUAAGAUCUACAAUCCUGGCAAAAAUUAUUGUGGAUGGCGCGCGCAUAGAAAUACCUGCCUUGCCCAAUUAUAUCCAUCCAACAGCAAUUUUCAACUUCCCCUCCCCCCGUUCAAAGUUGAAAGCUUAUAAUUUGGUUGGGUGAAAGCUUUGUGAAAUAGAAUGUCAUAACCAACAUUGUACGGGGAAGCGGGGGAAAUAAAGAUGCCAAUGUGUGUACAUGAACAGUAAGCAUCCACGGAAUUUUUGCCAUGAUUGUAGGUCUAGGAAUCAUACGACAAUUUAAACACUCAUUCUAGCAUAUAUCAGGGUUCGUACAAAACUUGAAAGUCCUUGAAUGUCCUUGUAUUUGAAAACAAAAAUUCAAGGCCUUGAAUGUCCUUGAAUUUGUAAAGAAGUACUUGAAUGACCUUGAAUUCUUCUUGCUUUAGUUUUUGGAUAUUUUCUGAAAUUGUUUGACAUUCAAGACGGACAUUUUGUUGAACUGAUUUUGCAUGUUCAUAUCUGACCUCAUUAUAAAGUUACGUUUUGAACAGUUCAACGUCAGAUUUUGCUGAUUUCUAACGCCUUUUCUUCAGUAUUUAGUCCUUGAAUUUGCUGGUACAUGGCCUUGAAUGUCCGCAAAAAGUCCUUGAAUUUGACUCUUCCUGACAUGUACGAACCCUGAUAUAUUACUAGAAUUCUAUUAACAAGUUUUGUCCAAAAUACACGCUUCUGAAAAGUACGUCACUUUAGCCAAGGUGACGUACUUUUCUGAAGCGUGUAUUAUAUGUCCACAGUUGUGUAGAUGAAUUAACUCAACGAAUCAUGGAAAUCAAAUUUCACAAUCUUACAUUUGACCGGUUUUGAAAAAACCAUUAAAAUUGAAAAAGUGUAAUAAACAUGGGCUCCGGUGUAGGUAUUCCACAAUAAGCUGUGGUUGGUCUAGGGUCCUACCUUUUUGUGUGUCUAUAAGAGCGCAAAAAGUAUUUGAAAUGUGCGCGCAAAAUUGUCUGCAAGAAAAGUGCGAAAUCAAAAGUUGAUGAGCAAUGAAUUACUAUAGUUAGCGCAUUUUCUCCAAUAAAAUUAACUACAAUCAAUAACAAUGGCUAAAUAUAGACCAAAAUCUAGCACUUGUACUGUAGAGAUUUUAACUUGUAAGCGCACUGAUUAACAACUAAAUAUUUUAAUAUAAUAAUAGUAACAGAUUAAGAAUCGAUAGUAAAAGGCAUACGUUACGACCAG